AUGAAUAUUGAGAAACGUGUUUUCAAGCGUAAGAUUAAGAAACUUCAGAAUGCAGUAAAGCCAAAAAUGUCAAAAAUUGGUGAAAGUGAAAUAGCGACAGAGGAAGGAAUGGAAAAAUUACAACCUGUUGGAUAUUCGGAAGCUGAGCUUAGUUCACCUUCUGACGUUGUUUCACAUCUAUCAUCGACCACAUUUGCAUCACUUGAAAACAUUUUAUCGGAAUCCACUUUACUCGCAAUUACUGAAAUGGGUUUUACUAAAAUGACUGAAAUACAAGCAAAAUGUAUUGAACCUUUACUACAGGGCCGUGAUGUGAUAGCAUCAGCCAAAACUGGAAGUGGUAAAACAUUGGCAUUUCUUAUUCCAGCUGUUGAGUUGCUUAUAAAACUUGAGUGGAAAGCACGUAAUGGCACAGGAGUAAUUGUUAUCUCUCCAACACGGGAACUGUCCAUGCAAACGUAUGGAGUUUUGAGUGAAAUUCUGGCGAAGCAUCCGACUUUAACCCAUGGUUUGAUCAUGGGUGGUGCCAAUCGGCAGGCAGAAGCACAAAAAUUGGCCAGAGGUGUUAGUUUCCUUGUUGCUACACCUGGUCGUUUGCUCGAUCAUUUACAGAAUACAGAUGGCUUCAUGGUAAAGAACUUGAAAUGUUUGAUUAUUGAUGAAGCAGAUCGCAUAUUGGAUAUUGGUUUUGAAAUCGAGAUGCAGCAGAUACUACGAGUGUUACCAAAAAAACGUCAAACUAUGUUUUUCUCAGCUACACAAACACCGAAAGUUGACGAGCUCGUCAAAGCCGCACUUCAUACAGAUCCUGUAAAAGUAGGUAUCAAUAAAAUAAAUCCAAAAAAUGGAAGUGAAUUAGCAACAGUUUCUGGUCUACAACAGGGUUAUGUUGUUUGCCCAUCAGAAAAGCGAUUUUUACUCCUUUUUACAUUUUUGAAAAAGAAUCGAGAUAAGAAAGUAAUGGUAUUUUUUUCGUCGUGUAAUUCAGUGAAGUACCAUCACGAAUUGCUAAAUUAUAUCGACAUCUCUGUGCAGUGUAUACAUGGUAAGCAGAAACAGCAGAAACGAACAUGCACAUUCUUUUCAUUUUGCCAAGCGAAAUCAGGCAUUUUGCUUUGCACAGAUGUUGCUGCGCGUGGUCUCGACAUACCGCAGGUUGAUUGGAUUGUACAGUAUGAUCCACCAGAUGAACCACGAGAAUACAUACAUCGUGUUGGGCGCACAGCACGUGGUAUUACUGGUACCGGUCAUGCAUUAUUAAUAUUGCGUCCUGAAGAGCUUGGCUUUCUUCGUUAUUUGAAACAUGCUAAAGUUCUGCUUAAUGAGUAUGAAUUUUCAUGGAGUAAAAUUGCGAAUAUACAAAUGCAGCUAGAAAAACUUAUUGAACACAAUUAUUAUUUGAAUAAAUCGGCCAAGGAAGCUUAUAAAUGCUACAUAAGAGCAUACGAUUCACACUCCUUAAAAAAUAUAUUUGACGUUAACACAUUGGAUCUUAUUGCCGUCUCAAAAUCAUUUGGUUUUUCCACUCCUCCCUUCGUCGAUCUGCCAAUAUCAAAUAAACCAAAGGUACUUGUAAGAUCGAAGUUAAGCGGAGCAGGUUACAGAAAAAAGCCGAAGGCAUUUAAGCAGUUGCGUAAGCGAUGA